GAGCUAAAAAGUCAAGGUCGCGCGGAGAUAAGUAAAAACCCUAAAAAACACUGGCACACGAAAAAACACACACACUGACUUUGGCAGCGCUUCUCCUCUUCUUCCUUGCGGUUGCGUCGAUCUACGAGGGGGGCUUCUUAGCCCUCUCUCUCUCACUCUCUGGGCUGCAAUUUUAGGUGAUUUGUCUUCAGAUGGAAGCAUUGCUUGCUUGACUGACGCCUUUGUCUCAAAAGGAUUGGGAAUUUCUGGUUUUUGAGGGCUUGGAAAUUCAGAGAGUAGCCUUUCACUCCGCGAUAUUCCAUCACCAUGAUUGCCACAGAAACUAUAGUACCCAAUAGAAAAUUGAAGAUCAAGUUCUCAACCAAAAGGAUAGAAGUUGAUUCUGGCCCAAAAUGUGAGUUUGAACAGCAAGUGUCUCACAUUGAUGAAAGUAGGUGCUGUAAAUCAAAUGAAAAAUCCUCUCUGCCAGAUUCCAACAAGAGGGGACCAGCAGAAAGUACUGAGGGCCAGACAGAGAAAAGGCAGAAGAUUGACAGGAAAGGGUCACUGCAGUGUGCUACAAUUCUGAAGAGUUUAAUAUCUCAUCCAUAUAGUUGGGUGUUCAGUAAGCCAGUGGAUCCUGUGGCAUUGAAUAUUCCAGAUUAUUUUACAAUCAUAUCUCGGCCAAUGGAUUUGGGCACUAUUAAAUCCAAGCUGGAGAAAAAUAUUUAUUCUGGCGCUGAAGAGUUUGCUGCUGAUGUCAGACUGACCUUUUCAAAUGCCAUGACAUAUAAUCCUCCUGGUAAUGAUGUUCAUUUGAUGGCGAAGGAACUGAGGAAAGUAUUUGAUAGGAAAUGGAAAGACUUGGAUAAGAAAUGGAAGUGUGAAGAUGAGCAUGGGAAAAGUGUGACUGGAACAAUUAAGGAAACUGUUAGAAGAAGUCUUAAUGGGACACAUCCACGGCAUAAAGAUACUUUGCCCAAAAAGUCACAAGUAUCUGAACACAAAGGAAUACAUAAGAUUAGUUCAUUGGCAGCAAGAGAUGCUAGAGUGGUGGUACCUAAAUUAUCACAGAUUCCUUUCAAAUUGAUUGAGAAGGACUUGCACAAAGGCAGCAAAGGUAACCAUGAUGGGGAACAGCCUCCUGGCUCUGUAAAGGCCUGUUCUUCAUUGCGACUUGUCACACGCAAGUGUAGCAUUUGUGGUGACAUCACAUGCCAUUGUGUAAUUCCUAGCAAUUCAACUCAAGUGUCAUCAGAUGUGUCAUCUGAUGGAUGUGAAGGAAGGGAGGACCUAUCUGCUCGUGGUGCUGAUGCUUUGAGACAGGACUGCUCUACUAAAUGUACGUCACCUACAGGGAAGAAAUCUGAUCCUGAUUCUGAUGGUGCUGUAAGUUCUUUGGAUAGUGAACAUGUAUGUUCUAGUUCCGAGCUUGUAACUCCUGCUACUGAUGCCUCCUCGGUGGAAGUAUGGAGUACGCCUGUUUUUCCUGCACAGUUGUCUCCUAAAAAGGCUCUUCGCGCUGCCAUGCUUAAAAGUCGCUUUGCAGAUACCAUCUUGAAAGCACAACAAAAGACUCUUCUUGAACAUGGUGAUAAAGGUGAUCCUCUAAAAAUGCAGCUGGAAAAGGAGAGAUUGGAAAGGAUUCAGCGUGAAGAAAGAGCUAGGAUUGAAGCCCAAAUCAAAACUGCUGAAGCUGCUGCUAGAAUGAGGGCUGAGGAAGAGUUGAGACAACGAAGAGAAAAGGAAAGAGAAGCUGCACGAGCUGCAAUAGAGAAGAUGAAAAGAACCGUUGAGAUAGAACAUAAUAUGGAGAUCAUUAAAGAACUGGAAAGUUUGAGUGGCUGUACACUAUCUUAUAAGGCCGUAGGUGGUAGAAAUGGCUACAAAGUUGCAAUGGAGACGUUGGAUAAACCUCUGAUUGAGAACCCAUUGGAGCGGCUUGGUUUGUUUAUCAAGGAUGAAUAUACCGCAGAUGAAGAUGAGGAGGUUUUGAACGGAGGCUGGGAAGAAGGCGAAAUUUUUUAGCGACACAACUUGAUGUUGUUCUGCCAGCUCUAAUUGUUUAUAUCCUCUUAGACAGGAAAUCAGAUAAUUAUUGUAAAUGCAUAUAUUGUGGAAUCUAUAUAGUCUGUGAAUUGGGACCUGCAUGGACUUGGGGGACUACCCGCCUGCAAUUUUGUUUUACAUUCUUGAAGCAUUACCAUGAUCAAACAUGGAAGACUCCUGUAGACGGUGUCUUUGAUAGGAAAAGGCUUAAGAUAAAGAUGGCCUAGAAAAAAAUUGGAAAAAAUAUAUACAAAAAAAAUAUUUUGUUCGCAAGUGCAAGCAAUUGCUUCUGGCAGAACCAUGGUAUUUGUAUUAAGAAUUCGUAAGAGAACUGUGUUUAAUUUGUGGCGCCGUGCUGUUUAGUGGUGUAGUUUUUAGUACUAGAUUAAAAAUGUUCCUUUAAAGUGAGUUUAUGUAUGAACCGUAUUUGUUUCAAGGUUUUUUAUUAUAUUAUUAGAAUUAAUGUAAAAAAAUACAGUGUAUUUUAGUUUUUAUUUAAAGUGUAACUUCAGAAAUAGAAAAUCUUAAUGAAUCUGUAAAUCCAUAAUUAGUGUU